UCAGCCCUCCGAUUUGCUCCGCGAGGGAUGUAUGCAAAGGCUCGUGGGCAGCGCCGGGGCGAGUGAGGCGGGUCCUGGGCGGGACCGGGCGGGCGCCGCGGAGAGGGAAGCGCAGCCUCGAGCGCGCCGCCGCCGCCGCUCCUGACCAUUCCGGCGAGGGGCUCCGUGCGCAAGAGGCUCCGGGGACCUGCGAGGAUCCGGCACCAACUCCGUCAGUCGCGUCUCUCUCUCUCAACACACGCACGCGAGCCGGGAAUCUAUUUAGCGCAAGCCAGGAAAAGAAAAAGUGGUUUCAUAGCAUUGGGAUUUUAAAAAGUAUUGUUUCGCUCCCCGAAACCGGAACCCCUGGGCACAUCUGUGCCACUUCAGGACUGAAUCCUUCAGUGGGUCGGUUUCAUAUCUUGGAUAUUACAUUUUGCAUCAGAAGAUAAUGGCAUUUCUAAGUCUCCAAGCGUUGAUUGGGUUGUUUGUUUUCUUUUGCACUGUAAAUGGAUCUUCGCUGCCGCAGGCCAGGGUGUUCUUAACAUUCAAUGAACUGCAGGAAACGAAGACCGCUCGGUUUUAUGCUCUUUCCCACCACCCCUUAGACUACAGGAUAUUGGUGAUGGAUGAAGAUCAGGACCGCAUCUACGUUGGCAGCAAAGAUCACAUUCUGUCUCUGAAUAUCAAUAAUAUAAGCCAGGACCCUCUGAGUAUAUUCUGGCCAGCAUCAACAACCAAAGUUGAUGAGUGCAGAAUGGCUGGCAAAGAUCCUACACAUGGUUGCGGCAACUUUGUUCGUGUGAUACAGACAUUCAACCGCACCCAUUUAUAUGUUUGUGGGAGUGGCGCGUUUAGCCCUGUAUGUGCAUAUCUCAACAGAGGGCGAAGGGCAGAGGAGCAAGUUUUCAAGAUCGAUUCCAAAUGUGAAUCUGGGAAGGGCCGCUGCUCUUUCAACCCUAAUGUGAAUACCGUCUCUGUUAUGAUCAAUGAAGAGCUAUUUUCAGGGAUGUACAUUGAUUUCAUGGGGACUGACGCUGCCAUUUUCCGCAGUUUAACCAGACGGAAUGCUGUGAGGACCGACCAACACAAUUCCAAAUGGCUGAGUGAGCCUGUGUUUGUGGAUGCCCACCUCAUCCCAGAUGGCAGUGACCCCAGUGAUGCUAAAGUAUACUUCUUUUUCAAGGAGAAACUGACGGACAACAGUGGCAGCACCAAGCAGAUCCACUCUAUGAUUGCUAGAAUAUGCCCGAAUGACACUGGUGGACAACGCAGCCUUGUGAACAAGUGGACAACUUAUUUGAAAGCAAGACUUGUGUGUUCGGUAAUGGAUGAUGAUGGCACAGAAACCUACUUUGAUGAAUUAGAGGAUGUGUUUCUGUUAGAAACAGAUAGCCCCAGGACAACGCUGAUAUAUGGCAUUUUUACAACAUCCAGCUCUGUAUUUAAAGGUUCAGCAGUCUGUGUGUAUCACUUGUCUGAUAUCCAGAGAGUGUUCAAUGGGCCGUUCGCACACAAGGAAGGUCCAAACCACCAGCUGAUUCCUUAUCAGGGAAGAAUUCCUUAUCCACGACCUGGGACUUGUCCCGGAGGAGCCUUCACACCCAACAUACGAACCACCAAGGAGUUUCCAGAUGAUGUGGUCACCUUCAUCAGGAACCAUCCCUUGAUGUUUAAUCCCAUCUACCCAGUCCAUAAGAGGCCGUUAGUCAUCCGCACAGGCACAGACUACAAAUAUACAAAGAUUGCUGUCGAUCGUGUCAAUGCGGCAGAUGGAAAAUACCAUGUCUUGUUUCUUGGAACAGACCAGGGUACAGUACAGAAGGUCGUAGUCCUGCCCACUAACUCCUCUGCAACUGGAGAACUCAUCUUAGAAGAACUGGAAGUAUUUAAGAAUAACGUUCCUAUAACAACAAUGGCCAUUUCAUCUAAAAAGCAACAGUUGUAUGUGAGCUCGGACGAAGGGGUCACCCAGGUUUCCUUGCACCGCUGUCAUAUUUAUGGGACGGCCUGUGCCGACUGCUGCCUCGCCAGAGACCCUUACUGUGCUUGGGAUGGCAAUUCCUGCUCCAGGUUCUACCCAACAGGGAAAAGGAGAAGCCGAAGACAAGAUGUGAAGCAUGGAAACCCUAUGACUCAAUGCCGAGGAUUUAACCUAAAAGCUUACCGCAAUGCAGCAGAGGUAAUUCAGUACGGUGUAAAGAAUAACACCACCUUCCUUGAGUGUACGCCAAAAUCGCCGCAGGCCUCCGUUAAAUGGCUCUUGCAGAAGGACAACGACAGAAGGAAAGAGGUCAAACUUAAUGAAAGAAUAAUAUCAACCGAACAAGGGCUCUUGAUUCGCUCUGUCCAGGAUGCUGACCGAGGGCUUUAUCACUGCAUUGCGACGGAAAAUGGCUUCAAGCAAACGAUAGCAAAGGUGAACUUCAAGGUGUUAGAUUCAGACACGGUGGCCUUCAUGACUGAAAAGUGGUCCCCGUGGACCUGGGCUAGUUCACUCCAGGCUCUGCCGUUCCAUCCCAAGGACUUGGCAGGAGCCUUCAGCCACUCAGAACUGCAGAUGAUUAAUCAAUAUUGCAAAGACACGAGGCAACUUGGCCAGCAGGCCGAAGAUUCCCAGAAGAUGAGAGGGGAUUAUGGCAAGUUGAAGGCUCUCAUCAACAGCAGGAAAAGCAGGAACCGAAGAAAUCAAUUGCCUGGAUCCUAAGGUUUUGACUGGGAGCAUCAAACUUUUUUUCCAUACCCUCCCUCAAGGGAUUUUGGGGUGUUUUUUGUGGGGGGUGGGGUGUUUGUUUUCCUGCUGAGAGCAUAGACAAAACAUUAGCAAAGCAAGCCCGAAAAAAGAUAAAAGAUCAUGAAAUGCAACCCAUAUAAGCUAAAGAGGAGGGCAGGCGGGAAACCUCAAAUCCAAAGAGAUUUAUUUGUGAAGUGCCCACUGACGCCAGAUAGAUCCUUAACUUUAACAGUACACCAGAUUGUUUGCCUUAACCCACUUUCUUGCAUGACGUUUAGCUGCCAUCUUUCUUUUCCUGAGAAGGGACACAGAAGCAGACACACCAGAUCUCAAACUUGGUGGCAAAGAGUUUGGGUUAAGAGGGAUGUACUAAGUGUUGUACAAAGAGCUCUUCCAUAUAUGUCUCUGUUUAUGGUACAUUGCAUUGAAAAGCUCUGAAGCAAGCACUUCAAGGUCCGUUUCUCAUCUUGGUAUUGAAAACACAGCUCAGGGCUUCUCCAAUGUAACGUGGGAGUGGUAAUGAUUAUAUCUCAUUCCCUCUUAGUGGGGUUCAUUACAUGUACAGCUCGCUCCCAGUCUUUUUUGACAUGGUAAACUCUCUGUCAUGUGACUCUAUUGCUUUUAAAUAUAUAUUUUUCUUCCUUAUAAAGCGUCAGUGCAGCUUACCUUUGGAUUCCCAGUCCAGGGACAGAAGUGCUAAGGUUUCAGGAGUCAAACUGUGCUAUGUGUUAUUUGAUCCUUAUGUAGCCAGUUAAUUGUAGGCAAUGAAUAUACCUAUGAAUGCAAGAAGAGAGCACUGGCAGCUACUAUACCUUUUAAAACCAGGAUAAAAUCACAUGGGCUGAAGAGUCAGGUGAUGCUGAGCUGCUACUAGUAGUCCUGUGCCCUUUGAUAUUUCGAUUUUUGUGGGGGAAUCUGCCCUGGGGAACCAGCAAAGGUGGGUGCAGGUGGGCAAAAGGACCAAAGUUAAGCACUUUUGAGGCUGCAAUCCACACCUACCUGGGAGCAGGGGUGGGGGAGGAACUCGAUUCCGUUUGCAUUGAAAGGAGAAGCUACCUAAUUCACACUUUCAGAAGCCAUACACAGGAAUCAUUCAAAGUUUGCACUUCUCACAAUUUUGCAAUGCAGUUCUACAACCAAGUAAUGCAUACAAAUGCAUAAAUUCACCCAUUCCUACCUGAGAUUUAGUCCUAUUGAACUCAGUGGAGCUGUGUUUUGGCAAUGUUGUAAUUUUGAUGACUCCAGCCGACUUGGAGAUUGAACACAUUAAAACAGGGGAGGGCAGACUUCAGAUUUGUGGGAUCUACCUUAUUUUUUUUUACUGGAACACUGAGACUCACCAAGUGGGAUCCAGAGGUAAAGGAUUAGAGUUAAAAGAGCCCAGGGAUUUGUUCUGAGUAACAGAACUGAACAGAGCUCACAGUCUUCCCAUUCAAAAAUUCACUUGGGGACACUUCCUUUUAUUCAUGUCAGCAGUAUAAUUUCAAGAGGAAAGUCGUUUUGUUGUUGUCAUUGUUGUUAAAGCAACUGAGUGUCAGAAAUCCUUGCUGAUCUGCUUCAAAUCACCCACUGAUCCACCAUCUGCCCACCCCUGUAUCAAAACACACCCACCCCACCCCCUUUGUGUAUUCGAAUGAGGGGUGAGACAAUUUUGAAGUUGAAAACUUCUAUGAAACUUCAUAGAAUUUACAGCCUCCGUUAGGUAAGCAUAUUUGUUUAAGACCACCACCAUUCUGCCACCAUUUUAGACUCUUCCCUUCUACCUUCAAGUAACUUCUGUCAACCAAAGGUUUUGCUCUUCUCCCAGUGAUCUUGAAGAAACCACUUCUGCCAGACUUCCGGUCAUCACAGCUCCUCCAUGCAUUCCAGCCUUAGACAUGACACCCAAAUUGUCAAUUGGAAAGCACGGGAGAUGCAUCUCAUGAGAUGCUAUUGAAAACAGAAUCCACAUUGUGAGUUGUCCUCCUUUCCCUUGCAACAUUUAGGAACACUAAACCAUAGCAUGAUGGGAUCAUGGUGUGUGUGGGGGGGUGGGGGGAGGUGGGUGUAAAACUAUAUAAUGUCACAGAGACAUCCAAGUUACAAAACCAAAAUAUUUUGGGCCUUCACACAAUAAAGCUACCUCCUGUAGUCUGAACGCUGUUCUUUUAUAGCUCCUAUAUUCUGAGUGCUGCACUUACUCGUUUGGCUUUUUCCUUCUUCUACCAAGCACAUUCAAAGUACAGUUGAUAUAACAUUUAAUCUCAUUUAUAAUGUUGUAAUUGCUUCCAGAUGAAGGACGGCAGCUGAUAAGCUUUCAAGGGCACAAUUUAUUUCUCUUAACAGCCAAGUGUGGUUGUAUCUGACUAGGCGCCCCUUCGGCCUGAGGAAUGACAACAGUUAACAUGCUUUAUUAAAAAACAAAAUGUUGGCAAUAUGUGUGGUUCGGUUAAUAAAAUCAGUAGAGCUUUCUUUUCCAUAAUAAUAUUUUUAAAGCUGCUUUAUAUAUAGUGACAAUGGUAUGACUGUUUAAGGGAUAAAACUUAAACAUUUUCCCCCCACACACCUGCUGCAUGAAAAUGUAUGUAUCUAGAUAAAGACCUUUUAUUGAUUUGUAGCCACUCCAGCCUUCCAUGCUGCAACAGAUCUCCAGAUGGCAAUAAUGUGUCUAAGGCUUUGUUCAUCCAUUAUGCUUACAGUAGCCUGUGGAGCAGAGCAACUCCAGGGUCAUGGAAAUAUACCAAAUGCCCUGCUUGGAAGCCAGUCUUGUGCUCAUGCUAGCUUCCUUCACCAUCUUGUACAAGGCAAGGCCUGCUUGCUUGGCUCAAAUCUUGUAACAUGUUUAUCCUUUUUUUUCUCAGAGAUAGAUAGCAGGAGUGAGUCUUAUAUGUACCUAUGGUAGGUAACCCAAGGUAUGGGAAUGGCCGCAACCCAUUCAUAAUUUGGGUUGCCUUUCCCUGCACCUUUCCCAGCUCUACAAGAUCUCAUUUGAGAUGUGGUGACCAGAACUGUAUAUAGUAUUCCAAGUGUUGUCACACAAUGCAUAGAUAUGUAUAAAGGUAUUACAAUAUUGCCGGUUUGAUUUGUAAUCCUUUUCCUAACGAUUCCAAACACGGAAUCCACAGCUGCGGCACACUGGGUAAGUCUUUUCAAUUAAGCUGCCAACCACGAUCCCAUCAGUGGAUAUGUGGAAUUAGGGUUUUUGGGUCCAGUGUGCAUGGCAUUGCCCUACAUUUGCCAUUUCAUUGCCCAUUUGCUUAGCUUGGAGAGAUCAUUCUGGGACUCUUCACAACCUGCUUUUGUUUUGACCACUCUGAAUAAGUUGAUGCCAAUGAAAAAAAAAAUGGUCGCCUGACUGUUCAUCCCUCACUCCAGAUCAUUUAUGAACAAGUCUAAAAAGCUAGCGGAGGAUUUCCUACAUCCCUUUAUUAUGGGAACUGACCGUUUUCUUGCUCUCUGCUUCCUCUUCUUUAACAAGUUACCAUCAACACAUGCCAAAUGGAAAGAAAACCAGAUCUUUUCUUUUUGUUCUAUUCCUAGCGAGUGUGUACACCAUCCCACAAAGAUGCUUCAAACUGGAGUCCCAUUGGAAGCAAUUGAACUGAACUCACGUGAUAAUUAAUUUGUCAUUGUUCUCAUUUUGAAUUAAGGGCAAGAAACCUUAGGAAUAUUUGGCCUUUUCUGACCUGCGACCCUACCACCAGGUUUACCUCCGAAUACAGUUGCUAAAAUGUGAUGAACAAACCUAUUUUUUACAUGUACAGGGUAGUUUCCAUUAGGGUUUUUACAUGCUCAGAGUUUAUCCCCAUAUACGAACAUGAACACUUAUGUUUAUAAUAUUGGUUGGUUGUUUGGUUUGUUUGUUGCUAUUUAAUGUCUUCCUAUUUUGAGGAUACUGACAAAAGGGUUGUAUCCAAUGGAUUAUAUGACUUCCCCCUCCUCUUCUCUUCCUGAACACACCCAAAAUCUUCUCUAUCGGGGGUGGGGGUGGGGGUGGGUGUAUGCAACUGUUUGGAACAGAUUUUGAAGGUGUGAAGGGGUCUUCAGGGAAGGGGAAAUUCUGUUGUGCAAGUGGAACUCUGCUGCAUGAACAGAAAAGAGGCAUUGGAAACAACCCCCUGUAUAUAUUUGCAUUUGUUUUUUUAAAAAAAAAAUUAAUGCCAUCUUCUGGUCAUAACUUUGCCAAAUGUAAAGAAAGUCAAUACUAUUCAUCAGUGUGUACGAAAUUUGUUUUAUGACGCCUUUGUUGUCGUUUGUAAAGUUGGAUUGAAAUCUUCAUUCAACCAUGUGUUCUUUGUGAUGAUUGCAACUGUAGAUAUGUGUAUUUCAUUUUUUAAAAAAUAACAACAACCCUUUUCCCCACCAAGUAUGGUAAUGUGUACAAAUUUAGCAUGAUGAAACCCAUUACGGUGAAUACUCAGUAGCCCUUGGAUUAAAAAUAAAAGUAACACAAUACUAUUUAACUGGAUAUCCCAAAUGUUAUUUGCCUGAAAAAUAAAGGGUGUUCGAUCAA